GGAGGCUGAGGCAAGAGCAUCGCUUAAGCCCAGGAGUUGGAGGUUGCUGUGAGCUGUGUGAGGCCACGGCACUCUACCGAGGGCCAUAAAGUGAGACUCUGUCUCUACAAAAAAAAAAAAAAACAGUGCUUUUGCCAUCUUCUGUGCCCAGCAAAGAGAAGUGGCCUGGGACAGCCUGAUCCCUGUGGUCAACUCUUGGGUGUGGUAAUGAAGGCUCUGUCCCCUCCUCCAGGGAAUUCCCUGUUCCUUCCUCCGGAGCUGAUCAGCAGUAAACACAGGACUCACUGCCAGGCCCCAUGCUGGCAGAUGCAUUUCACCUGGCCCCCAGGAGCUUACAUUCUGGUAGAGGAACAAGGCAUAAGGACUUGGAAGAAGUGGUCCUUCUAGGGUUUCAGUGGCAGAGUAGCCAGAUGCGUGGGGUGGAGCUCUCAGUGGGAGUCCUGUGUUGUUGGCUGAGGCAGCUGUGCACAGGUGAGAUUUUGUUACCGGGUUGGGAGGAGGGAAGCCAGUAUUCAGGGCAGAAGGCUUGCCAGGUGCAGCAAUGAGCUGGGCACAGCCAGAAUGGGGGGCAGAGAGUAGGUUGACUCAGUUAGGACCAAGCUUUGUGUCACAGCACAGGAAGCUCACUGCAGGAGCAACUCCUGUCAGGCUGAAGGGUUUAGAAUUUACUCUGAAUCUCUGUGGGUCUGCAAGUAUUGUCCUAGAGGUGCCCUAGCCCAUUUCAGAGGAUUGGUGAGGUCAAAACUAUUUUUAUCAUCAUAUUUUUAGAGCUGCUCUGGUUCAUGCUGUUUGCCAUGCUAACAUGUGCCAUGCUAACGUGUGCCAAUGGUGCAAAAGCCCUCGGGGGUGGAACUGCAGGGACCUUACAUGAGUCAAGGCGGUGGCCCCAGCAUUGUAUUCCUUACUCCGUACUUACUUUUUUUAAGUAGCAAAAAUUAUUAAUUUUAUAGUCUAGACCCUUGAGUAUACAUCAUCUUUAAUAUUUUGUGUGAAGAAACGUGAAAUAUACAGAAGCCAUUAUACUGCAAACCGAACCGUGAUGAGGAAAAUGUCUCGUGUGAUGGAGCUGCGAGCUGUACUAGUUGCUUUUUUUAAGCACUCCAUUUUUACUCAAACACCUGACAAACUAGUCAGACUUGGGUAUUUGGCAGACAUUUUGUCAAAAAUGAAUGAAUUGAGCCUGUCACUUCAAAAACAGUUUCACCAUUUGUUGCUAGUGAUGACAUUUGAGCUUUUGAACAAGAAUGAGAAUUUUAAAACUUUUUAUCCCCUGUCUAGAGGCUGACAGCUUCCCUGGACAUAAAACUUUUCUACUGAGGUCAGUAGUGAUGUUAGCAAAUGUGAUUUUUUUUUUUUUUUUUGAAGACAGAGUCUUACUUUAUUGCCCUCCGUAGAGUGCUAUGACAUCAAAGCUCAUAGAACCUCAAACUCUUGGGCUUAAGCAAUUUUCUUGCCUCUGCCUCCCAAGUAGCUGGGACUACAGGUGCCCACCACAACGCCUGGCUACUUUUUGGUUGUAGUUCUCAUUGUUGUUUGGCAGGCCCGGGCUGGAUUCAAACCCACUAGCUCCAGUGUAUGUGGCUGGCACACUAGCUACUGACCCAGCAAAUGUGUUUUUUUUUUUUUUUUUUUUUGAAGUUUUUGGCCGGCACUGAGUUUGAACCCGCCACCUCUGGCAUACGGGGCCGGUGCCCUACUCCUUUGAGCCACAGGCACUGCCCCAAAUGUGAUUUUUGAUAUUGUAUAAUGAAAUGUGUCAGCAUUUGGAAGCUCUGCAUAACACCAUAAGCCAAUAUUUUCCAAUGACCAGUGCUUGACUUUACAUAAUUUGAAAUGCGCUGGGCUUAGUGGCUCACUCCUGUUAUCCUAGCUCUUUGGGAGGCUGAGAGAAGAGGAUCACUUGAGCCCAAGAGUUUGAAGUUGCUGUGAGCUAUGAUGACACCAUGGCACUGAGACUCUGUGUCAAAAAAAAAAAAAAAAUCAAAAUGCAAGAUAGACAAGUGAAAAGUUCAUUGAUGAGGUUUCAUUUGGCACAUUGCAACUAACCCUUAAGAAACCAAAACAACAUGGCGCUGCAUGAUAUUAAUGCAGCGGUAGAUGUGAGAAUCCAGCUAUCUUCUAUGUAGCCAGACAUAGAGAUUUGCAAAAAUGUAAAAAUGAUGUGCCUCUUCACUAAUUUUUCUUUUGUUUUAGAAAAUAUCAUUUAUUGGUGGCACCCAUAGCUUAGUUGGCAGGGCACCAGCCACAUACACCUAGGGUGGAGGGUUCGAACUUAGCCCGGGCCUACUAAGCAACAAUGACAACUGCAACCAAAAAGUAGCCGGACGUUGUGGUGGGCACCUGAAGUCCCAGCUACUUGGCAGGCUGAGGCAAGAAAAUCACUUAUGCCCAAGAGUUUGAGUUGGCUGUGAGCUAUGAUGCUACGGCACUCUACCCAGGGUGACAGCUUGAGAUUCUGUCUCAAAAAAGAAAAAAUAGAAAAUAUCAUUUAUCGGGGCGGCACCUGUGGCUCAGUCGGUAAGGCACCGGCCCCAUAUACCGAGGGUGGCGGGUUCAUACUGCAACAAAAAAAUAGCUGGGCGUUGUGGCAGGCGCCCGUAGUCCCAGCUGCUUGAGAGGCUGAGGUGAGAGAAUUGCUUAAGCCCAGGAGUUGGAGGUUGCUGUGAGCUGUGUGAUGCCACGGCACUCUACCCAGGGCCAUAAAGUGAAACUCUGUCUCUACAAAAAGAAAAAAAAAGAAAAUAUCAUUUAUCUUUCAUAAAAAUAUGUUAUUUAUGUUAAAAUGUGAUGGGUUUUGAGUAUAAUGGGCUCUGGGGAUCAAGAAGUUUGACAGCUGUCACUCCAGACCCCAGGGAGCCAUGACAGGACUGUAAUCUGGGGGUGGCAUUCCAGGCAGGGCAUGUAUAACUUGGGCUGGCCUUUACAGGGCAUUCUGGAGCUUGGGAGAGCCAAGGCAGCUCUGAAAGGCCCCAUUGGCAGGGCCAGAAGACCCAGACUCUGGAGUCCAUAGCUCAGGCACUUGUGCAUAGGUAUGCACAAGUCAAAGGCUUCCACAAGCCUUGGGUGCCCCUUCUGUUCAGUGGGGACAGUAAUGCCUCCUGCAAGGGGAACUACCGGCCUCCUGUCUAUAAUGCCGGUGGAAGAGUGCUUUCUAAGUUGUGAAACACUCCACAGAUAUUUAUUUUUGUGGUUGUUUUGUCCGGAGUCGGUAUGCUUAGCUGCCUCCGACCCUAGCAAACCCAUCCUGUGGGUGUGAGAGGGCAUUUGGUGGCCGGCCUCCGCUUUUCCCUCUUUAGACCUUGUCCCAAAGCCAAGGCAUGGGCUGGAUUGUCUCAGGCCAGGUGGAGGGGAAGCUACUGGGCUGUCGCUCAGCCUGGUUCUAUGCUCCGCUCGCCCACCCACAGCCGGCUGCCUGCUGCAGGGCCUGGAGCCGCCGCUGGGAGAGGAAGUGCAGCCGGUUACCAAUCGGGUUAUUUUCAUAACGGCUGUCUCAGGCUGAGGGAGGAGGGCGGUGAGGGGGAGGGGGCAGAGGAGCAGCCACAGAAGCUCGGGCUCCAAACUAGGACUUGCUCAGCAGAGGCCGGCAGCGCAGAGCUGGAGCCAGAGCCCGGCCCACGGGGACCCCAGCUCCCACCCACGCCCUGCCUUCCAGAUCAGCCGCGUGCCUGCCCCUUCCAUGGAGACCUUCUUUAGGAGACACUUCCAGCGAAAGGCACCAGGCCCUGGAGAGAGGCAGCGGCAGCCCUGUGUUGUAGGGCUGCCCACAGGCAAGGCCCGGCGCCGCUCCCCAGCUGGGCAGGCCUCCUACUCACUGGCACAGCGGCGCCGCUCCAGCGGACACCUCCAGGGCUGCCUCCCGAGCUGCGGGGUGGGGAUCCGGGGCUCCAGCCACCGGCGCUCCAGUACUGUGCCCCCUGCCUGCAAUCCCCACUUCGCUGUAAAUGCGGCACCCACCCCACAGCUGGCCACUGUUGAGGCCCAGCUCCUGGGCGCGCCCCUGCUGUUAGCCGGGCUUGCAGGUAUGAAGGAGGAGGAGGAGGGGGUCCUGGAGAAGGAUGUGGCAGUUGGUACAUCAAGUGCCACCCAGCCAGGCACCACAACACCGAGGUCACCCCCACACCGGGGUGCCUGGCCGAUGCUGCCUGUGCCCCGUUGCCUACGCCGAGCCUCCUCACACCUGCUCCCUGCGGACGCAGUAUAUGACCACGCUCUCUGGGGCCUGCACGGCUACUAUCGGCGCCUCAGCCAGCAUCGACCCUCAGGCCAGCACCUUGGCCCUGGGGGCCGAAGAGCCUCAGGCACCCCGGCUGCCCCCGUGACACCUGCCCGUGUGCGUCCACUGUCCCGCAGGCGUCAGGUAGCCCUGCGGCGCAAGUCAGCUGGACCCCAGACCUGGAGAUCCCUGCUUGCGAAAGCCAUCACCAAGUCUGGCCUCCCACACCUGGCACCCCCGCCCCCCACCCCUGGGGCCCCGUGCAGCGAGUCAGAGCGGCAGAUCCGGAGCACUGUGGACUGGAGCGAGUCAGCGACAUAUGGGGAGCACAUCUGGUUCGAGACCAACGUGUCUGGGGACUUCUGCUAUGUGGGGGAGCAGUAUUGUGUAGCCAAGAUGCUGAAAUCAGUGUCCCGGAGAAAGUGCGCAGCCUGCAAGAUCGUGGUGCAUACGCCCUGCAUCGAACAGCUGGAGAAGAUAAAUUUCCGCUGUAAGCCAUCCUUCCGGGAAUCAGGCUCCAGGAACGUCCGCGAACCAACCUUUGUACGGCACCACUGGGUCCAUAGGCGACGCCAGGACGGCAAGUGUCGGCACUGUGGGAAGGGCUUCCAACAGAAGUUCGCCUUCCACAGUAAGGAGAUCGUGGCCAUCAGCUGUUCCUGGUGCAAACAAGCAUACCACAGCAAGGUGUCCUGCUUCAUGCUGCAGCAGAUCGAGGAACCCUGCUCUCUAGGUGUCCAUGCGGCUGUGGUCAUCCCACCCACCUGGAUCCUCCGUGCCCGCAGGCCCCAGAAUACGCUCAAGGCAAGUAAGAAGAAGAAGCGAGCAUCCUUCAAGAGGAAAUCUAGCAAGAAAGGGCCCGAGGAGGGCCGCUGGAGACCGUUCAUCAUUAGGCCUACCCCCUCUCCCCUCAUGAAGCCCCUGCUGGUGUUUGUGAACCCCAAGAGUGGGGGCAACCAGGGCGCUAAGAUCAUCCAGUCCUUCCUCUGGUAUCUCAAUCCCCGACAAGUCUUUGACCUGAGCCAGGGAGGGCCCAAAGAGGCACUGGAGAUGUACCGCAAAGUGCACAACCUACGGAUCCUGGCGUGCGGGGGCGACGGCACGGUCGGCUGGAUCCUCUCUACCCUGGACCAGCUGCGCUUAAAACCACCACCCCCUGUCGCCAUCCUGCCCCUGGGUACUGGCAAUGACUUGGCUCGCACCCUCAAUUGGGGUGGGGGCUACACAGAUGAGCCUGUGUCGAAGAUCCUCUCUCAUGUAGAGGAGGGGAAUGUAGUGCAGCUGGACCGCUGGGACCUCCAUGCUGAGCCUAACCCCGACGCAGGGCCUGAGGAGCGAGACGAGGGUGCCACUGACAGGCUGCCCCUGGACGUCUUCAACAACUACUUCAGCCUGGGCUUUGAUGCCCACGUCACUCUGGAGUUUCAUGAGUCUCGAGAGGCCAAUCCGGAGAAAUUCAAUAGCCGCUUUCGGAAUAAGAUGUUCUAUGCCGGGACAGCCUUCUCUGACUUCCUGAUGGGCAGCUCCAAGGACUUGGCCAAGCACAUCCGAGUGGUGUGUGACGGAACCGACCUGACCCCCAAGAUUCAGGACCUGAAACCCCAGUGCAUUGUUUUCCUGAACAUCCCCAGGUACUGUGCAGGCACCAUGCCCUGGGGCCACCCUGGGGAGCAUCACGACUUUGAGCCCCAGCGGCAUGAUGAUGGCUACCUCGAGGUCAUUGGCUUCACCAUGACAUCCUUGGCUGCACUGCAGGUGGGUGGCCACGGCGAGCGGCUAACUCAGUGCCGUGAGGUAGUGCUCACCACGUCCAAGGCCAUCCCAGUGCAGGUGGAUGGUGAGCCCUGCAAGCUCGCAGCCUCACGCAUUCGCAUCGCCCUGCGCAACCAAGCCACCAUGGUGCAGAAAGCCAAGCGGCGUAGUGCUGCCCCACUGCACAGCGAUCAGCAGCCCGUACCAGAGCAGCUGCGGAUCCAGGUGAGCAGAGUCAGCAUGCACGAUUAUGAGGCCCUGCAUUAUGACAAGGAGCAGCUCAAGGAGGCUUCUGUGCCCUUAGGCACCGUGGUGGUCCCUGGAGACAGUGACCUGGAGCUCUGCCGCUCCCUCAUUGAGAGGCUCCAGCAGGAACCUGAUGGUGCUGGAGCCAAGUCUCUGAUGUGCCAGAAACUGUCCCCCAAGUGGUGCUUUCUGGACGCCACCACUGCCAGCCGCUUCUAUAGGAUUGACCGAGCCCAGGAACACCUCAACUAUGUGACUGAGAUUGCACAGGACGAGAUCUAUAUCCUGGACCCGGAGCUGCUGGGGGCAUCAGCCCGGCCUGACCUUCCAACCCCCACUUCGCCUCUCCCCACCUCACCCUGCUCUCCCACGCCCCGGUCACUGCAAGGGGAUGCUGCCCCCCCUCAAGGUGACGAGCUGAUUGAGGCUGCCAAGAGGAACAACUUUUGUAAGCUCCAGGAGCUGCACCGAGCUGGGGGUGACAUCAUGUACCGGGAUGAGCGUGGCCGCACACUCCUCCACCACGCAGUCGGCACUGGCAGCAAGGAGGUGGUCCGCUACCUGCUGGACCAUGCUCCCCCAGAGAUCCUUGAUGCUGUGGAAGAAAAUGGGGAGACUUGUCUGCACCAGGCGGCAGCCCUGGGCCAGCGCACCAUCUGCCACUACAUCGUGGAAGCCGGGGCCUCACUCAUGAAGACAGACCAGCAGGGUGACACUCCCCGGCAGCGUGCUGAGAAGGCUCAGGACACAGAGCUGGCUGCCUACCUGGAGAACCGGCAGCACUACCAGAUGAUCCAGCGGGAGGACCAAGAGACUGCUGUGUAGCUGGGAGGUGCAAGAGGGACAUAAGGGCCUGAGGAUGAGCUCUACUCGCCCACCUCACUGCCACAUUCCAGUUCUACGGCCGGGGGGACCCAUGCCCCAGGGAAGGAGCCCCGUGCUGCCCCCUGAGGAGCUGCCCAGACCUAGGGCUGGACUCUGAGGAGCUAGGGGUCUUGCCUGUCCCCUGGAAACCCUAGCUGGACCAGAGGCCCACAGGGAAACAGGAAAUGGUUGGGGCUGGACAGGCAUUUGGAGGGGACCAGGACAGGGUCAUUUCAGGGUGGCCUCACCCUCACCAUAGCAGAUGCCCUCUGAGGAGUUCAGGGGCUGGAGAGGGAGACUUUCAGGAAGAGGUUUCCUACUGCACCUGCUCUUGGGGCACCCAGCCCCCUCUCCCGCCUGACUCACCUGCCCCAGAGCUCUUCCUGGAAACUCUGAGCCCACUGCAUCUGCCCCUCUUGACACCCACCCCUUGACCCUCUCCACUACCCAGUCAUUUCCUCUCGGACUGUGGGGCCUGGGGUGGGGGUCUGGGGGGGUCUCAUGGUGACAUGUUUACAGCUGGGUGUGACUCAGUAAAGUGGAUUUUUUUCCUUUCU